AUGAGCAAACAAAUCUUUCAGAUUGGCGGCGGCAUCGCCCGAAGAUCACAGUUUUCUAUCGGCUAUGCCGCUAUUAUUUGCAUCGUCGUUCUCUAUGUUUACAGUACAUCAAAUCCCAGAAAGAUCUUUAUAGCUCCAAAACCCCAUCCAGGUUAUGUAGAACCGACAAACUCAACACUUAAUUUCCAGAAGAUAUUCGCGAUCAGUCUACCGUCAAGAACGGAUCGGCAAGAUGCUUUGACUUUAAUGUCUGCGCUAUCAGGAAUCAACAUUGAAGUGGUGCCUGGAAUCCGAGGGGAAGAUGUACGAGAGAAAACGAUCCCAAAAGAUCCUAAAUCAGUUAUGAAACCCGGAUUCGCUGGAAGCUGGCGAGCUCAUUUGAAUACCAUCAAAAGAGUCGUAGAUGAAGGUAUAUCUACCGCUCUCAUCAUUGAGGAUGAUGUGGACUGGGACAUUAGAGUGCGCGAGCAGAUGCAACGGGUCCUUGAAGCGUACUUAAAGGACCAAAAGUCAGGGUCCUCAACACUUCCUCCAGACUGGGACUUAUUAUGGCUAGGAAACAUUGGAGAAAGAUUCCCAGCAGACGAUAACCGAAAGAUCCAGAUCAACGACCCAACAGUACCCCCACGCGCAGAUCUCAGCCCAGGCUUUGAUGCCGUUAAAGAGCUUCCAGAGCGUUCUCGCUUCUUGCAUCCGACUGACUUUCCAGCUUGUACGUACGCAUAUGCUGUGAGUUAUGCAGGCGCGCAGAAAAUUCUGUACCAUGCGAGUCUAGGCAAAGUCGUGGCGAAUUUCGACUCAGACCUUGCAAAUAACUGCUGGCUUUAUAUGAACUGCUUGAGUUUGACACCUCCAUUAUUUCAUUUCGAUAGGAGUAUUGGACUUCAACGAGACUCAGACACUGAUGCAGCAGCUGAGAAACACAACCGUGAGCCAGGUAUUUUUACCAAUGUUGAUAUUUCUGUAAGGACAGUAAUGAAAGAGAAGUUUGGGGCAAAACAACGAGAGAAUAGAUCUUGGAGGUUUCCUAAUGAGUUCAGUAGUUAUUUUAUUCAUGCAAUGGAUUUACCAGGUCAAUAA